AUGGGCACCAACGGGGGAAGACCAACGAAACUAUCAUUGGUUCCACUGCCCAAGGGCUCUGUUUUACUACCGGGUGCGACCUUGCGAAUCCCAGUCUCAAAUCGCCCAGAUCUUGCCAAUCUGCUCUCGUCACUGUUGGAUCGAACGAAUGCUAUCAGGCGAGAUGCGAACUCGAUAACGUUUGGUUGCGUUCCUCUCUGCUCGCCUUAUUUGAGCAAGGAUGGCCAACACGUCAUUGAUAAUGGUACCGUCGACGAAGAUAAGAAGGAAGAGUUCGAAUCUCUUGAGGCCGGUCAGGCGAGAAAAGAGGACCUUUAUCGUUACGGUACCCUCGGUAAAGUCAUCGGAGUUCAACGCCGCGCCUACUCGGAACCGCAUUUACUAGUUCAAGGUGUCCAACGCCUUACAGUUCGACGUGUGCUGAGGGAGCGGCCGUUCUUUGAAGCGGAAUGCAUUCUGCAUGAUGAAAAGGAAACGCCUCUCAACGAUCGAGAAACCGCCGAACUGUUUCAGCAACUAAGACAGCUUUCGCGAGAACUCCUUACAUUACUAAGAUAUACCUCGUUGAUACCAAACACAGGAGGCCCCCGCUUGUCACCAUUGAUUGCCCGGAAAUUCGAGUUGAUUAUAACCAAAUCUGACUUGGCGCAGGCUGGAAGACUUGCAGAUGUCAUGGCCGACAUUGCCGAGUCUGGUCUUGAGGACAAGCUUCGUGUUCUUGCAGCUUUUGACGUUAAAACUAGGUUGGAAAGAGUGGUCGAUAUCCUGAACAAGCAGAACCAAAUAAUCCGCGGCAGUGUCAAGUUCACCACUAUCUCCACAGAUAACAUUCCGCCUGCAUCAGUGCUCGACAUUAGCCAGAUCGACCCUCGAAUCCGUGACUUAUUAUCGAGACGCGGUAUUCCCGGUGCUUCAGGGACCCCUCCACCCGGACUUGGAGGUCGGAAUAACGAGGCAGAUGAAAAGGAGUCCAACGAACUUGACGAGCUGCAACAGAGGCUGAAAGAUGCUCAGCUCAGCCCAGAGGCUCAGAAAGUUGCGGAUAAGGAGAUGCGACGACUGCGGAAGAUGAUGCCUGUGAACCAGGAAUAUGGAGUAAUCCGGACAUAUCUUGAGAAUCUAGCGGAUAUUCCGUGGACCAAGGUGACCGAAGAUAAACUUGGCCCGGAGACCCUGAAAGCAGCGCGAAAACAAUUAGAUGACGACCAUUACGGGCUGGAAAAGAUCAAGAAAAGGCUACUCGAGUAUCUUGCAGUUUUGAGAUUGAAGCAGUCGACAAACCAGGGUCUGGAGCAACAAAUCAGCAUUUUAACGAAAGAAUUAGACAACUCUGGAGGUGAUAUAGAGAAGGACAUACCGUCUCUUCCCGAAUCGGAUCGCGCUGCGAUCGAGUCAAAGCUGAACGCGCUGACAUCUAAGCGAACGGUCGACAAAUCACCCAUUCUGUUGCUUGUUGGACCACCGGGUACCGGAAAGACUAGUCUAGCCCGAUCUGUUGCUACUGCUCUGGGCCGCAAAUUCCAUAGAAUCUCCCUCGGUGGUGUUAGAGACGAGGCUGAAAUUCGGGGUCAUCGGAGAACAUACGUGGCGGCCAUGCCUGGCGUAAUAGUCAAUGGUCUUAAGAAGGUCGGCGUUGCGAACCCUGUGUUCUUGCUCGACGAGAUAGAUAAGAUUGGCGGCCCUAAUUUCCAGGGAGACCCAUCUGCAGCAAUGCUGGAAGUGCUGGACCCUGAGCAGAACCAUACCUUUGUUGAUCAUUACAUCAACAUUCCCAUUGACUUGAGCAAGGUCCUGUUCAUAGCCACAGCCAACUCCUUGGACACCAUUCCUGCCCCUCUCCUAGACCGAAUGGAGACAAUCCAGCUGUCCGGGUACACAACUGUCGAAAAGAGACACAUUGCUAAGAGACACCUUCUUCCCAAGCAAAUCCGAGCGAACGGGCUUUCAGAUGGUCAAGUUGUUUUGUCGGACGAUGUUAUCGACAAGACCACCACCUCAUACACCAGAGAAUCCGGCGUCCGCAACCUCGAACGAGAACUUGGUUCGAUCUGCCGCUACAAGGCCGUUCAGUUUGCGGACGCCACUGACAGUGCUAAGCUUGAGUCGUACAACCCCGUUGUUACAGUCGAUGACUUGGAAGAAAUCCUCGGUAUCGAGCGCUUUGACGAGGAAAUCGCCGAGAAACACGGCCGUCCAGGCGUCGUAACCGGCCUAGUUGCAUACUCAACCGGCGGCCAAGGAAGCAUUCUUUUCAUCGAAGUCGCAGACAUGCCAGGAAGCGGUCGCGUCCAACUCACCGGAAAACUUGGAGAUGUCCUCAAGGAAAGUGUCGAAGUCGCCCUUACCUGGGUAAAAGCUCACUCCUUCGAGCUUGGCUUAACAUCCGACCCCAAUGAGGACAUCAUGAAGAACCGCAGUUUGCAUGUGCACUGCCCGUCGGGUGCCAUUCCCAAGGAUGGCCCGUCUGCCGGCCUCGCACACACCAUCGGCUUGAUUUCUCUGUUCUCUGGUAAAGCUGUACCCCCGAAGCUUGCAAUGACCGGUGAAGUCUCUCUUCGUGGGCGCGUAAUGCCUGUUGGCGGUAUCAAGGAGAAACUCAUCGGUGCGCUACGAGCCGGCGUAACCACUGUGCUUCUACCGCAUCAGAAUCGGAAAGAUGUCAAGGAUGUCCCGGAAGAAGUAAGCAAUGGUCUCGAAAUCAUCUAUGUUAAGCACAUAUGGGAAGCUAUUCGACACAUCUGGCCUGAUGCUCACUGGCCUGGCCAGCACCAUAUGGACUUCGUUGAAAGCCGUUUGUAAUCUGGGCCUAUUUUGGCCAUGUCUCUUUGAGUUUUGUGCUCGUUCCUUAGCCCUUUCCAUGAUCAUCAGCCUUUUUAUCGGUUCUUA